UUAUUUCAUCUUUUGCCAUUUCCAAAGUCACAAAGAACACAAAGAAACGAGCUUUUUUCUCGACAGGCACCCACAUCCACAAGAACGCAUGGCAAUGGAGUCCCCCUUCAAGGCUGACGUGUUGAAGGGGAAGGUGGCGCUGUUGACAGGAGGAGGUUCAGGCAUUGGGUACGAGAUAUCGUAUCAGCUGGGCAUACAUGGAGCCUCUAUUGCCAUCAUGGGCCGCCGCCGGCACGUCCUUGAAUCUGCCGUUGCCUCCCUUCAAUCUCAUGGAAUUCCUGCUAUUGGACUUGAGGGAGAUGUUCGCAAAAGAGAAGAUGCAAUUAGAGUUCUGGAAUCAACUAUCAAGCAUUUUGGCAGGCUUGACAUUCUUGUGAAUGCUGCAGCUGGCAAUUUCCUUAUACCGGCAGAAGAUCUAUCCCCUAAUGGCUUCCGAACAGUAAUGGACAUAGAUUCUGUUGGUACUUUUACAAUGUGCCACGAAGCACUUAAGUACCUCAAGAAAGGGGGACCAGGAAAAGACCAUUUUGUUGGUGGAACAAUCAUAAACAUAAGUGCAACAUUGCAUUAUACAGCUACUUGGUAUCAAAUCCAUGUAUCUGCUGCUAAGGCAGCUGUUGAUAGCAUUACAAGAAGUUUGGCUUUAGAAUGGGGGACAGAUUACGACAUCAGAGUCAAUGGGAUUGCACCAGGACCCAUCAAAGACACUCCUGGCGUUAGUAAACUUGCACCUGAGGAAAUAAUAGGCAAAAAUGAGUACGUACCUUUAUUGAAACUGGGAGAGAAAUGGGAUAUUGCCAUGGCUGCUCUUUAUCUUGCAUCUGAUGCGGGAAAAUACGUCAAUGGAACAACCCUAGUUGUUGAUGGAGGAGAAUGGCUAAGCCAUUCUCGCAAACUGCCCAAAGAAGCAGUGAAGCAGUUCUCUCGGGCAGUGGAAAGGAGGUCUAGAACUGCACCAGUUGGGAUUCCUAAGAGCAAGCUGUAACAGCUUAUGUAAUUAUCACUUCAGCAAAAUGAUUGGAAAACGGGGAUGUGAACAGUAAUGAACAGUGCCAAAAUUUUGGUAUCAACCCGUGAUUUCACUAUAAUUAAUUCCCCCAUGUUGUAUCAAAACUCAACUCAAAAGUACCUAUAAAAAAAAAGCUCAAUACAUGUAUGUAAUUCUCUCGUUUAUCACAUGAAGUAUUAUUUUGUUC